GUCUUUUGAGGUGUUGCGAGCUGUUCACAUCGAAAAGCUGCAAAGGCUGCAGGGCGCCGGGCUGAGCUGGACAGAGUGCUGCCGAACCGAGUCGUGUGAUGGAAAACGAGGAGUCUCGUAACGUCCGCAGCGUUCUGCAGGACGGGCAGGCCGAUCAGGCCGAUCAGGUCGAUCAGGUCGAUCAGGCCGAUCAGGUCGUUCAAGCCGAUCAAGCCGCUCAGGCCGCUCAGGUCGAUCAAGCCGCUCAGGUCGAUCAGGUCGCGUCGCUCGACGACCACUUGCACCAUGCGUCGCCAGAGGGCCCCUCGCCACCUUCCCCGUCACCGGACGCCCAGGCGGCGAGCGCAGAUGACCUUCGCGACUCGAUGCGCCAGAUGACGACGAAGCUGCGCCGCCUGGAGACGUGGCUGGGGGAGAUGGACGGGCGGGUGCGUCGGGCACUGGACGACGCUUUGGACGAGAGGCUGAACAAUGUGCUAGGCAAUGCGGUAGACGCAUUGGAACACCGGCUAAACAGACGGAUGGAGGCAACCCUUAUAGCCGCCGAGAAUCGGCUGGAGAGACGUUUCCACGACCUACUACAUUCCCAACGGCAAAAAGUACUUGAAGAUCCUGAGCAAGACAAGAGUACAUCUCGCCUGAAUGACCAGAUAGCUCAGCAAGGAUCACUCGAGCGCAUCACCAUACUCAUUCCAUCACCAGCCACAUCUACCCCCAUCAAGAUUAUCAUUCCUGCGCUGAAUUCCUCUUCUGACACUACCCCCGGCGCCGGUUCCGGCAAGGGCGCUACCUCCGGCAAGGACGGAGGUUCCGGCAAGGGCGCCACCUCCGGCAAGGACGGAAGCACCCGCAAGGGCCGUGCCUCCGGCAAAGAUUCUGCCUCCGGCGCCUCUGCCGGGACCCAUCCCCAUACAGCAGCUGCCGCCGCCUUCGCCUCCGCCGCUCGAGCUGUGGGGCAGGGCGCGGCCGCGGUGGCGGAAUAUGAGGACGUGGUGUCGGUGGAGAAUUUGAUUGCGGCUGCCAGGCGGGGCGACUUAGAGAAGGUUCAGAAAUUCUUGGCGGCCGGCAUCCACAUUGACGCAGCGGACUCCCAAGGCAACACGGCGUUACAUGUCGCCGCGGGAAACUGCAGGGUGGACGUGGUGGAGUACCUGGUGGAAGCCCGCGCUAACAUCGAAGCGCGCAACCUGCAGGGCGCCACGCCCCUUCAUUCAGCCGCAACCUCGGACAUCUCGGGCCUUUGCACGGCCGUGCUUUUGAUCGUGGGGGCGAACAUUGACGUCGUGGACAUUGCGGGAUGGACGCCCUUGCAUGCCGCCGCCGCCUUCGCCAACCGUACCUCGAUUCAACACCUGCUGAAUGUGGGAGCGGAUCGACAGGCUCGGGAUGUGUAUGGCUUCAGACCAGUCGACCUGGCUAAAGGCUAUUUGGUCGACAUGCUGGCCCCCUGA